CUUCUUCAUUCUUAUGUGCCACUAAUCUCUCACAAGAAAAUUAAUUAGCAGUAUCCUCUUCACAAACCAACAAACCAACCUCCAAUAAUGGCCAAAACCACCAUCAAACUCUUCUUCUUCUUCUUCUUCACUUUACUUUCAUUCAAACUCAUAAUCACCUUCGCCACGAGCGAUGCAUACCCAAAAGUUCCCGAGUGCUCGUUAUCGUCAAACGAAGUGCCGAAGCCGGUUCGGCGAGAGGUAUAUGGCGGUGGCCGGAUAUUUGACAUAAGCCAUCGUUACACCAGCGAGUUGCCGUCGUAUGACACCAAAGACGGGAAACUGGGGCAGUUUCUGUGGCUGCCUGUGAACAUGAAGAACGGGUCCGAUGUUAACAUCUCCGAGAUGAAGAUUACGGCGCAUUCCGGAACACACGUGGAUGCUCCUGGCCACGUGUUUGAUAAUUAUUUUGACGCUGGUUAUGAUGUUGAUACUCUUGACUUGGAUGUCUUGAAUGGUCCUGCGCUACUAGUUGAUGUUCCAAGAGAUAAGAACAUAACUGCUGAAGUUAUGGAAUCCUUGAAUAUUCCCAAAGGAGUAACUCGCGUCCUUUUCAGAACGCUAAACACAGACAGGCAGCUUAUGUUUAAUAAAGCAUUCGACACAAGCUAUGUGGGAUUUACAAAAGAUGGGGCAAGAUGGCUGGCAAAGAACACUGACAUCAAACUUGUUGGGAUUGAUUACUUGUCCGUUGCUUCCUUUGAUCAUCUACUUACGGCUCAUUAUGAAUUUCUGGAAAGCAGGGAAAUCAUUCUGGUGGAGGCGCUUAAACUCGAUGAUGUGCCAGCAGGACUAUAUUCUGUCCAUUGCUUACAUCUAAGGUUGUUUGGUGCUGAGGGAUCACCAAUCAGAUGCAUUCUCAUUAAAUGAGAGUUUCCCUUAAAUCAGAAUGAGGAGCAUGGGAUAAGACAUUAUAGAAGAUCAUGUUUCUGUGUUCAGUAUAGUGUGUGAUACAAUCAACAUUUCAGUUGUUUGAAAUGGGUUUUCGUUGUUGUGAUGAGUAAAUUACGAAUCCAUGGUUGUGCUGUAUACUUUAGGCUUAAAUAAUUGUAGUUUUAGUGUCUAACUGC